GCUUAUAAAUAUAAAAUCAACACAUUUUUCAUCUGUGAUUAGAUAUAACGAUAAGUAAAAUUUUGAAAAUCAGAUUAUUUUGAAUAAAAGAUUUUUGGAAAUUGUUGGAAAAAUUCGGCGGAUAUUUAACUUAACCGUUCGGUAGAGGCUUCGAAAAGGAUCGGCGAUAUUCGGGUAUGUUCGGCCGGUGACGGAGAGCAUCGGUGGCGCGCGCGAGUCACUCGGAUGGCCGGGGGCCGCCAUUUUCCUCCAGCGAGGGAGACAGUCGCGAACGUAGUUCCGCGCAUUGUCGACCAAUUUUUUCGUCGAAUCGAGAGAUUUUCGGUAAGAACUGGGGCGUCGGGCGGGCGCGUGUGACCCCAGAGCCCGUAUCCGAGCGAGUAUCGUUCCACGGGAGGCUCGAAGUCACCCGUGGACGCCGCGAGAACCGUGUGAAUUGUAAUACAGAGUCAAGGCGCCGCGCUUAUACCCCCGAUCGAGACACAAUCGUAAGAACGCCGUGUGAGAGAGUGAAUAGUUUGGUGUUCGCAGUGUAGCCGGUGAAAAUACACGAGUACCCAGGAGUACCGUGGACCAAGGAAUACUGGGAGAAUCGCCUCCGACAGGAGACGGUGUUCAACAAGUCGUGAUGCGUUGGGGGUUCGGCGGUCCUUGUCCAAAAACCGACCAGAGAUCAGUGUUAGAGAAGCAAUUUGUGUGACAAAGCAUAAAAGUGCAAAACUGUAUUUUAAGAUAUACUCAGAGGCUUCCUUGUCAGUGGACUGUAGGACUUCCUUGGAAGAAAGCAGACAUUCUUAGUGACACUGAAAGUACAAGUGAAAAAUAUAAAAAUUGGGGGGGCUGUUUGACCGAUGGACAAACGGAAGAUGAUGCCCAAACGCCCUCGAAUGGAUAGCCUGAGGGGUCCCAUUGCAAAUGGACCCAUUCAGACACGACCAUUAGUGGCUUUGUUAGAUGGUCGAGACUGUUCUAUUGAAAUGCCGAUUCUCAAAGAUGUUGCAACAGUAGCCUUCUGUGAUGCACAGUCGACAUCAGAAAUUCAUGAAAAGGUAUUAAAUGAGGCAGUAGGUGCACUAAUGUGGCACACUAUAAUUCUGACAAAGGAGGAUCUCGAGAAAUUUAAAACAUUAAGAAUCAUUGUUAGAAUUGGAUCUGGGGUGGAUAAUAUAGAUGUCAAGGCAGCAGGGGAACUUGGUAUCGCUGUGUGCAAUGUGCCUGGAUAUGGUGUUGAAGAAGUAGCUGACACUACUCUUUGUCUUAUUCUAAAUUUAUAUCGACGUACAUAUUGGUUGGCAAACAUGGUACGCGAAGGAAAGAAAUUCACAGGUCCAGAACAGGUUAGGGAAGCUGCAACAGGAUGUGCAAGGAUACGGGGUGACACACUUGGUAUAGUUGGGUUAGGCAGGAUUGGUUCUGCAGUUGCCCUGCGUGCCAAAGCCUUCGGUUUCACUGUCAUUUUUUAUGAUCCCUACCUACCAGACGGAAUUGAAAAAUCUCUUGGUCUUAACAGGGUCUACACAUUACAGGAUUUGCUAUUCCAGUCAGACUGUGUAUCCUUGCAUUGUACCUUGAACGAGCACAAUCAUCAUCUUAUUAAUGAAUUCACCAUCAAACAGAUGAGACCUGGCGCUUUCUUAGUCAAUACAGCAAGGGGUGGUCUGGUUGAUGAUGACGCUUUGGCCGCAGCGUUGAAACAAGGCAGAAUUCGCGCAGCAGCACUUGAUGUACACGAAAAUGAGCCAUACAAUGUUUUUCAGGGUCAGUCAUCGCAGUGUCCUUUGAAAGACGCACCCAAUCUAUUGUGUACACCACAUGCUGCGUUCUACAGCGAUGCAAGCUGCACCGAACUGCGUGAGAUGGCAGCCAGUGAAAUACGAAGAGCUAUCGUUGGUCGCAUACCCGACUGCUUGCGAAACUGUGUGAACAAGGAAUACUUCCUUUCUUCGACCGGCUACCCUGAGGGGAUCAACGGCGGAUACUAUUCCGGGGGGCUGCCCGUUCAACAGGCGCAUUCAACGACUCCUCACGAUUCUGCACCCCCACCUCCUGGUGGGCAUUCCGUCGUCGGCGGCGGUGGUGGUGGGGGUGGUGGCGGACCGAACUCCUCUGCAGGCGGUGCAGGCGCCGGGGGUCCUACAGGCCCCACGGGUCCAACGGUAGGCGGCGGUGGGGCUGGAGGCCCUACUUCAGCUCCUCCUACUGCUGGAUUAACCGGUAUACCACACAGCAUAGUGAGCGAGCCUGACCCCCGGCCAAGCCCACCUGCACCGAGCCCUCGUUGACCUUGAACCCCCGACGUCCACUCCAGCACCACCCUCCGAUCUAAUUUCCCUUAGCCAUUCACACACGACCUCCGACGACAAAUGGCCGAUUGACUAACGUGUGUCGUGCACGAUGUGCCCCAGAAAUCUGUCCGCUGCUUCCGACGAACUCGAGGGAAUCCAUCCUUGAGAAAGAGUGAAAUGAGAGAACGGGGGGUAGGCGGGAAGAAAGAGCGAGAGAAAGAGCGAGAGAAAGAAAGAACAAAAUGAAGAAGAAGAAAACGCAAUGGAGAGAGUGAAUGAGUAGGAGAGAAAGAUCGAGGUUUGCCUUGCUUUGAAUUGCUACUGUGCGUGCGUUUAAAACGUGUGUUCUCCGGAGUGUACACGUGUUUUACGUACGUAUCGACGUAGAGUAUGCAUGGCAUGUGUGAAUGGCGCGCGCAUGUAUGAUGAGCUUGAGUCUGCGUUUGGUGGACUCCUGGAAUAGUGCAUUUGAUGUAACAUUGUGACCAAACCAAAUACAGUUGGGCAGUAAUGAUGACAGUUUAUAAGAUGUCGUGGCUAAAGGAGGAAAUAACAAACGGUGGGUAAGAAUUCUCUGUGUCGUAAUUUUGUAUAAUUCACUUCAUACUUAACCGUACGUGACUUUAGACAACACAAAUGAUGACAUAAAGAAAAAGCAAAUACAAGGAAAAUGAAGUUUCAUUGAUUUUUUGUUUUUGUGUUUUGUAUUCUGUUUUUAUCAAAGUUUAAUCAAACUUUGGUCGAUCAAGAUUGGUAAUUAGUUCCUCAGGCCCAUGAUCAGUUCUUCCUUUUAUAAUAGAUACCUGCAGCAUCGAGAAGUACAUUGGCUAGUCAUAGAGUACAAAUCAAACAUGGGUGAACAUUACAUCUGGCACACAGUUGAAAAGCAUAUUAAUGAGUUUAGCCUAAAUAUCCUGUAUAAGUUUUAUCAAUGAUAUUUCGCUUCCAGUUAAAUAGGUUUAACGAGACGUAGGGAAUAAACAAUUUCAGAAUUUCUUAUUUCGUAUUUGCAUUAGUUCCAUUUGUAAUUUUUGCGCUACAUAAUAGUUUAGUAUUCCAUGAAAACAUCUAAUACUAUAAAUAAAAGAAAAACCUCCCUGUUCGAUAUAAAUAUAUAUACAUAUAUAUAUAUAUAUAUAUAUAUACAUACAUACAUACAUACAUAUAUAUAUAUAUAUAUAUAUACACAAAAAAAAACACAUAAACACACACCGCAUAUAUAUAUAUAUAUAUACUAUAUGUUUUAAUCCUUCAUAUUCUUUCAUUUCAAACAUGAAACAUGUUUUUAGCGAAGUCAUGCAUUAUUUUGCCACACUGUAUUUGGGUUCGCGCAUGCUCUUUAGUUUUUGUUUCUAAAUGAGAACCAUACUCCCAAGAGCAUAUAUAUAAAUAUAUAAUUUGGCAACUUGAAUAAUUUUUACAAACUUUAUUUCUUUCGUGGACGUUGUGACUCUCAGUGUUAGUAUAUUAUAUUAAAAUGGAAAAUGUAGUUGCUCACAGAUACAUUUUUAUGUUUCACUUAAAGAUCAUGAAAAUGCUGCGUGAUAAAAGGAAAAGAAAAAAAAAAAGAGAAUACGAAGUCAGUAGUAUAUCUUACCUGUGGUAAAAGUGGCUAAAAGUAACGAAGGAAAUUGUAAAGAAAUAUGUAACCGUUGGGGCAUUCUCAAGCGUGUGGUACAUCACUAUGUUGUUGAUAGUACUAAAUAGAACUUGGUAAAAUCGAAUGCCUGAUUUAUUCAUAUUUUUAAAUGUCGAUUACCGAUACAAACAGACGUAUUUCAAUUGCCUUACGAUAUAUAUGUAUGAUCAAAGUAAGGUUUGUUUGUCUUCACGCACCGAUCGGUAAAACAAGUUAAAAAUGUAUUGAGAAACUCAGUAAAAGGAGAAUGGUAUUCGUGAGAAGGGAAGAAACUGUUCUUGAUAAUUGAAAUUUUAUAAAUUCCGAUUGUUCUAAAUCUCCCAAUUUUGUAAGUUUUCUUUUUAUUUUACAUGCGAAAAUUUUGAAGUGCGCAUAUAAGUGCAAGAUUGUUUAAGUUGCAGAAAUAUGAACUUUAGGGUUAAAUAUGAUUUUUGUAUUGUACAUUAAGAAUGAUAGCGAAUGGAAGAUAUAUUUUUGAAUGGGACAUGAUAUAUGACUUUUGUAGAUAUAAAAUUAGUUUCCUCCUUUUCACGAAUGCUAUUUACUGCUAAAAAAAACUUAUUGGUGACGAUAGGAUCAGCGCGGGUGUAUAGUAAAACGAAUUGCUUCAAUAAACUGAGAAAAACGUGUCGUCUUUAAUUUUUGUGGCAUCUAUUUUUGUACUUUUUUCGAGUUACACUCAUGAAUGCCUUAACGUUCCGUAAUUGAAUGCAGCAUCUUCAUCCGAAGUGUUUAAAUUCGUAAAUAACGAUAAUAAUAAUAAUAGGUAACAUCGAUAAGUGGCAUUUUGAUACAGAGUAUUUUUGUGUUUUCUGAAAGGAACAAAAAACCACUUAUUGUUUCAGAGAAGAUAAACACCUAUCGAUUAGCGUUCUUUAAGUGAGUGAGAUUGUGUACGGAAGAAAGAGAGAACGAAAGAACACACGAGCGAAAGGUAGUACGAACAGAGACAAGUUUUAUUAAUUGAUAAUUAUAAUAUGAUUAAUUAUUGUAUUAAGUAAAGUAAAAAUGCGAUGUUACGAAAACUUGAAUAUAUUAUCGAAAGAUGAAUCAUUAAAAGAAAAAAAAAACGAAAAAAAAGAUGAAAGAAAGGACAAAAUGGACAAUUUUUUGAGAAAAA